AGUCGAGCAUAUCCUCAGCCAGCAACACUCAAGGCAUCCUUACCUUUCUCCAACCAGUAACAGUACCAUGUCCGACUACAACGACAACUCUUACGGACGCGACUCUGAUCGCCAGGGAAACAACUACGGGUCGAGCGACAACUCUUACGGUGGAUCUGGUCGUGACCGCGAUAAUAACAACCACGGCUCCAGCGACAAUACCUACGGGGGUUCUGGCCGCGACAACAACGAUAGCUCGUAUGGAUCUAGUGACAACUCAUACGGUGCUUCACGCCGCGACGACGACUCGUACGGCGGGUCGAACAACGACUCUUACUCCAAAAGUGGCUCAGAUACCUACGGUUCAAGCGGCAACACGUACGGAGAUGACUCGCGCAAGGACUCGAACAACGGCUCUCGCGAUGAUGAUAAAUUUGGCUCCAGUGGCAAUACCUACAGUAGUAACUCAGGAAAUGACUCCAAUUACGGCUCAGGCAACAAUGGCGGAUAUGGAUCUCGCCAGAAUGACAACGACUCCAGCAACUAUUCUUCCAGUGGCCAACAAGACAACAGUUAUGGCUCCUCCAGAAACGCGGACUCGUCUGGAUUUGAUAAUUCCACGUCCGGAAACCGCGACAGCAACUUUAACACAAGUUCCUUCACAUCCAACAAUAAUCAGGACUCACACAGUAGCAACCAGGAUUCAAGCGGCGGAAAUGGCGAUUUCAUCGAUAGAGGUGUCGAAUAUGCCGCAAAGAAAGCUGGCUACGACGUCUCGCAGGACACAGCAGAGAAGAUCAGCGGCGGCCUCCGCUCUGCCUUCGGGAAGGCCACAGGCCAUUAGCGUUUCGUGGUAGUUUAGGAGGGAACAGUUGAGAAUGGUUGGUGUACACUAACACCCAAGUUGUAGCGGACUCUAAAGGACUAGUCUUUGGAUUCGCUGAAUUGUACAUUACCUAAGUCUAUGAACAGAGUGCGUGGGACAAUUAUUAGGAGAAUAAACGAGAUAAAUCGAGGG